AUGUCAAAUGGACUCAACAAAGUCUCUGCCUCCUCGUCUCUUUUACUCUCCCCCCUUCCCUGUCCCCGAGCCCCCCACACUCUCAGCCGGCUGUCCUGCUCGGAAGGCCACAGCGGACCGACCUACGAGUCCAUGCAGCAAGUCUUCGACAGGAAGGCCUUCCGCCCAGCCUUCAAUCUCAGUAAUCCCACCCUGGCCAACAUCUCCUUCACUCUGUAUGCUGUGCUUGGGGUGAAUGAAAAGACUCAGAUCCUCACCACUUUCCUGUGGCUGCGGCUGUACUGGUUCCAUGAGUUCCUGCAGUGGGAUCCUCAUGAGUGUGGGGGUGUCACCAGGAUCUCGCUGCCAGUGGAGGACCUGUGGACCCCUGACAUCAUUGUCUAUGAGUUUAUAGAUGAAGACAAGUCCCAGCGCUGUCCCUACGUCUAUGUCAAUCACACGGGACACAUCCGCUACGACAGAAUGCUGCGGGUUGUGAGCUCUUGUAACCUGGAGAUCUUCAACUUCCCCUUCGAUGUGCAGAACUGCUCCCUGACCUUCGGAUCUUACAUGCACACCAUCCGGGAUGUGCGAGUGAGCCCUGCCCUGCCCUUCGAUCAGAUCUCCGGGAACUCCAAGCAGUACCUAGAGACCAGCGGGGAAUGGGAGCUGGUGGUGAUUGAGGGCUCAGCGGACAUCCUGAAGUUCGGCAUCGAUGAGUGGGACAUCAUCACCUUCUGGGUGGUGAUCAAGCGGCGGCCUGUGCUGUACGUCGUGAACCUGCUGAUCCCCAGCUCCUUCCUCAUGGUGAUCGACAUCCUGAGUUUCUACCUGCCCCCCCACAGCGUGGACCGUGCGUCCUUCAAGAUGACUCUGAUCCUGGGCUACACUGUCUUCCUGCUGAUCAUGAAUGACCUGCUGCCUAGCACGGCCAACGGCACGCCACUCAUCGGUAUUUAUUUCUCAGUGUGCCUGGCCCUGAUGGUGAUCAGCCUGCUGGAGACAGUCAUCAUCACCAAUGUGCUCCACCACAGUGCCAUGAAAUACCGCUCUGUGCCACGUUGGAUCCGCCUGAUCGUACUACACUACAUCGCCCGCCUCAUCUGCUACCGCCAGCCAAUUGACCCCCCCGCUGACCCCCCUGAACAACCUACAGAAACCCUCAGAGCUCCAGACCCCUGGAUCACAAAGCCCUCCACCCCCGCAAUGCUGGCCAGGAACAGCCAAACUGCAAAUCACAGGAUCGGUGACCGUGCCCUCCCAGCAAUGCCCGUGAUACCGGAACUGCAGCAGAUCUCACAGGACCUGGGGACCAUGCGCGCCCACCUGACAUCCCUGCAGAAGGAGAGCGCCCUGCGGGAUCAGUGGGGACACGUGGGAUACGUGCUGGACUACCUGCUGUUCCGCAUCUACCUGCUGCUCAUCACCCUGUAUGCCCUGGUCAUCAUCUGCAUGUGGUGCGUCUGGUACAACCUGUGACCCCUGACCCCUGUGCAAUCCCAAAUAUAGCCAAUUACCCUCUCCCCAGCAAGCUGCCCUAAUUCCCUGUAGGCUAUUUCUAGAACCCUCCUGCAGUCUUCAGGGUAACGCUAGGUUACCCCCUGAUCUCCACGCUAUUUCCCAGUCUCUGCUCAUGCUGUUCCAUGCUGAAGAGGAUGCAGUUUGUGAUCCAAAACACCUGAAGCAGAGAGGGAUUUCCAGAUCUUUCCAUGUGUACCUAAAUAA